AUGGACAUCCGUCUCCUGCUGCGAGAUGACACGGAGCCAUCUCCUUCUUCACCAUCCCCUUCUUCCUCGUCAGACCCUACUCCCGGGCCCACGCCGUCCGUCGCCCUCCCUUCUGGUCAAUCCGUGCUUGAAGAACGGCCACCCCCGUCAGAAUGGCCCGCUAGUGGUCUCUACGUCCCCAAACGUGUCCGGCCUCUCGACGACAUCCUCCUCGACCCCGAGAGGUACCACAAGGCCUCGCAGUUCUACGAGGAGAAAGCCGCACCGGAUGGUCUGCUCGUUGUGCCACUAGAGGUGCCCCUCGAUCUGCCCCCCCGGCACAAGGACUUCCCACCCGCGCCGUUCUGGCCCGAAAAGCCCCUCGGGCGCCUCCCGGGCUCGACGGUCCCCGCGACGGAAUGGGAGUGCGAGGUGCGGUUCACGAAGCCGUGGCUGCACGAAGUCGCCGGGCAGAUGGAAAAGGCGAAGAGGGUCCUUGGCAAGGACCGCCACGAGAUCACGCCAGAGGUCUUCGUGCUCAACUACGUCGUCCUUCCGGACGGUCAUGAAGAGGGGUCGUUGCUGCCGCCGAUGAGCGCGCUCGGGCCGUUUCAGGAGGCCGAGCUACGGCAGGGCCCACCGAUGCGCGAGAUCGACAUGCAGUAUCUUCCCCCCGACUUCAUCCCGAACCCGAUUCCGUACAUGGAGCGUCCGCUGGAGGUGCCGGGGGGUAAGCCGGUUCUCCUAAAAAGGGUCGAGGGGGACACCUAUAGCAAUCCGUACGGGCCCUCGAGAAUUGCGGCCACGAUGAAGCUGGACGCCAACGCUCAGCGGGUAUACGAGAACCGGGAGCAUAUGUGGAUGCGGACGCUGGACGGGAGCAUCAUACCCCAGGUGCGCGACCGAGUGUUUGGGCUAGCGGUCGGGGGGAUCCAGGAGAGACAGCAGAAGGCAGCAGCAGCGUGGCGGGAGGAGGAGGCGUGGGCGAAGGCAAAGAGGGAGGCGGAGGUGGUGGGGGCGGAGCCGGAAGACCGGGAUCCCUUGGGCAUCAUGGAUGGCCUGGACGAAGGCGAAGACGUGGACCACCGAUUCGACGUCGAGUUUAAGACUGCCGAUGGCGAGCAGGGGCUGUCGAUGAAGCUUCUCAUGUCUGGGCGACGGGUCAUGGCGAGGGCGAUGAAGGGGCACAAGGACAAGGUGUUCGACGGCUACCCUCGGGAGAGCUGGCCCGCCUAUCCAGACCACGAGCUCAUUCGGUGUAUUCUUGCGACCAAGAACACUUCGCGCAAACGGGUGCCUAUCACCCGUCUCGAGUUCGCCGUCGCUCUCACCAGUGCUCUCACCCAGUACUAUAAGGAGGUAUCAGAUAUGGAACCCCAUCCAGCUUUCCGGCAUCGCGCUCUAGGUCCAGAUGGAGGUCGACUGUCCCUCUUUGCCCUUCGGGUGAUGGGCGUGACCGCAGCCUCUAUCACCGGAGUCUACGACCUUCAGAUGGAGCUCGACGGAAUUCAGUCCGCGCCGCCCGAACCUCCAGUAACACCUCUCCCAUCAUCCUCGUCCAUGUCACCUCCACAAGAGGUCGACGCAGUAGAACUCGCCAACUCAGGUUCUGCUCCCGUAUCGCCCAUUCCCGGUCCCUCUAACAUCCCUAGUCCCUCCCCUGCUCCUCCCACCGACAAUAUCGAGCCCCCGGAGCCUCCUGCACGUGCAAUCACGCCCCCUUGGGCUUCCACACUGCCCGUCGAGUGCACCGUAGGCCCGGUACCCGAGCCGACCGCGCGCGACUUCCUCGCACACGUCGACUAUCACGCCAGCCGUAGCAUCCCCCUCCCCGCAUGGCCGACGUCCACGCACGCGCCGCGCGAGCUAUGGCCACCCGACGUCCGACCGAAGUGGUUUCCGUGGGAGGCGGGUAAGAUCCACUGGUGGUGA